UGAUAAUCUCUAAAAAAAAAACCUUUUAAGUUUUAAGUCUCUCUUUCCCUUCUAAACCUCUCUCACGCCCACCCAUACUCGACCCAACCCCGACCGGCGCUGCCUCGAUCAGCAGCAGCAGGAGGUCGCGCUACCUUCCCUGACUCGAUCGUCAGCAAGUCGCAGCAGCAGCAGCAAACUUCGGCAGCAGCAACAGAAAACUCUGGUAGCAGCACAAACUCCGGCAGAUUAGGGAAAUGAACACGGAAGAAAAAAGAUUUAAUCAAGAAGAGGAGGAUGAGGAAGAAAAUGGGAGAGGUCGAGAAGCAUGGGAAAGAACUUAUGCAGAUGAAAGAUCAUGGGAGUCUUUACAAGAGGAUGAAUCAGGACUCCUUCGUCCAAUUGACAACAAAACUCUAUCCCAUGCUCAGUAUCGACGACGUCUCCGCACUGCAACUGCUGCACGAAUUCAGAAGGGUUUGAUUCGGUACCUCUACAUUAUCAUUGAUUUCUCCAGGGCAGCUGCAGAAAUGGAUUAUAAACCAAGCCGAAUGGUUGUAGUUGCUAGACAAGUGGAGGCUUAUAUAAGAGAAUUUUUUGACCAGAAUCCCCUGAGUCAAAUUGGCUUGGUGAUCUUGAAAGAUGGAGUAGCUCAUUGCUUAACAGAUCUUGGUGGCAGUCCCGAGGCUCAUAUCAAGGCAUUGAUGGGUAAAUUGGGGACCUCUGGUGAUGCAUCCCUUCAGAAUGGCCUAGAUCUUGUGUGUGAUCUCCUAAAUCAAAUCCCAUCGUAUGGUCAUCGUGAAGCCCUUAUCUUGUAUUCAGCUCUUAGCACAUGUGAUCCGGGGGAUAUACUGGAAACCAUCCAAAAAUGCAAAGCGUCCAAGAUAAGGUGCUCAGUAAUUGGUCUCUCUGCAGAACUCUACAUAUGCAAGCAUCUCUGCCAAGAGACUGGUGGAAUGUAUUUUGUUGCAUUGGAUGAGCCUCAUUUAAAAGAGUUGGUAUUGGAGCAUGCCCCACCUCCUCCAGCUAUUGCAGAGUUCGCUGUUGCAAAUUUGAUUAAGAUGGGGUUCCCCCAAAGAACAGCAGAGGGUGUCAUUUCAAUUUGUUCAUGUCAUAAAGAGGCUAAAGUUGGUGGUGGAUACACUUGUCCGAGAUGCAAAGCGCGCAUAUGUGAGCUGCCUACUGAGUGUUGCAUUUGCGGACUGACCCUUGUAUCUUCUCCACAUUUGGCAAGGUCAUAUCACCAUCUCUUCCCAAUAAGGCCAUUUGAUGACGUUUCACCCUCAGCUCUGAAAGAUUUUCACAAGUUACCAAAGAAUUGCUUUGGUUGCCAACUGAGUCUUCUAAAUCCUGAAUUGAAACUUCCAGUGGUAAAAAAGAUUCAUGCCAAAAUGAUGGAAUAUGUCUCUCUGUUUGCUGUCAAGACUGCAUCGUAAGUAACCUUUAGAGUGAAUCUGGGACCCAAAGAAGCACCUGAGCUGGUAUUCCUUAUCAAAAUAAAUAAAUAAAAAUGGAACACCUGAGAUUUGCAUUUUCUUUUGAAACUGGUAACAUUGUAUUCCUCAGCAUCCUUAAUGCUGGCCAUCAGUUUUGCAGAUAUUAUCAUUAUCUAUGUAUAUGCUAGGAUGUUCGAUAAUUUGAUAAUUUUCAAGUAGAGUAGUUUAUCAGAUUAACCGUGGGUACAUAACCCUGACCUGAAGCAUCUGCUGUUGCUAAGGAUGUCAAUGAAGUUCCUUUCUUUCUUUUUUUUUUUUGAAUUGGUAAAAGUUGUGUUCAUCAGCAUUCAGGGCUAUGCUGGCCUCCUCCAAAAUUUACAAAAGAGUCAUGGAUAGUUACAAGAAAUAAUAUAAAAUCCACUAAUUGGAUUUCUUCUAUAUUCUGUUCUUUACGCCAAAAAUCUAAAGUAGUAUGAAGUUCCUUUCUUUAAGUUCAUAGCUGCAGAGAACUGUAGAAGGCAUUUACAUAAUUGUUUGUCAUCUGAGAUAUCUUGUAUGUGCAUUUUUCCGAUUUGUAAAGAACGAACGAAAGAAAAAACACGCACUAAUCGUAACUGAGCUUUUGCUGAACUGAAGCAAAAGAAAUGUCUCUAGUGUUCUACAGAAGAAACAAGAUGUUUAGUUUCUAGAGCUUAAAUUAUUCACGUCCAAGAUAAUAAGUCUUUUGUGUUACAAUUCUGUGCUUCUCGCUGGUUGUAUCUAAUUAUGUCCUUUGAGGACUGUUUUGAGGCAAAACUUCAAAGCAAUGUUGAAAUUUGGUCUUUUAAGGAAGUAGCCUGUUGAACUAAGUGUUUGUAUUCAGUCAGAUUUUUUUUUUUGCCAAAUUUCUUGUAACUUGUGAUGAUAUUAGGAAAUUAUUCUGUAAAAUGAGUUGUUCUUGGACCAAACAUUAAUUGGGAUCAUAAAAUCUGGAAAGGAAGCAAUUUGUCUCUUCUUAAUGCAAGUCCUAAUUCAUAGACAACCACUUAAAGUUCCUGCGGCUUUUCAUUUAGACACCUUAAUUGAAGCUGUUACGCAGCAAACACCUAGGGUGUGUUCGGUAUGAUGGAAAGUGUUUUCUUAGAAAAUGUUUUCUAGGAAAAUAAGUGGACUUCUUACUUUUUUUUAGAUGAAGUAAUUGAUUCAAUUCAUAUCGUCAAAAAGAUGCAAAGUAGUUACAGAAGAGUGAGUGUGUUCGGUACGCAGGCAGAAUUUUUUAUCCGAAAAGCAUUUGUAUAUAAUUUGAACAAUACUAUGAGAGGUGAAGGUGAAGGGUAGGGUGUGCGGGGUGGUGGGUAUGGGGGCUACAAGGGUGAUGCUGAAGAUGAGGUGUGUUGGUAAGUAGGAAGGACACUAUCAAUGUGGAAUCUCACUUGUGUAACUUGUUUACAUUUUCCAAACAAUGUGUUCGUCCAUACCGAACAAACCCCCUAAUGAGUAAUGUAUAUCUAAAAUGUGCCUAUUGAACACGUCAUGCUUAGCUAGUAAAAAAUAAAAUGUGUGAGCUUACAUGUGAGGAUGUGGCAAAUUAGCAAAUUGAACAAAACCACGUGACUUUAGAAUCCAACUAAUAAAAAAAGGAAAAAGAAAACACUAGUUUUUGUAUUCAGCCUGAAUGUUUUUUUUUCCGCCAAAGUUCUACUCACUUUUUUCUGAAUCAGUCGAUAGUAUUAAUUGAAUUAGAGCAAAUUUCAAUAGUUCUGAAACAAGCUUCCACCACAUCAGAACUUACAAAAAAGAACAGGCACUACUACUAUAGCAGAAAUAUAUACUCUACAGGAACCAAUUAAUAAUGAUGAUGGAGAUGUAUUGCGGCCUUUUCCUGUUCAUCAACUCAAACCUCAUGCUAAUUACACCAUAGUUUAACCACCACACCAAGCAGAAUCCCAUAUCCUUUACCAACAUUAACAUAACUGCUCUUCUUUUCUUGACAGCAAGACUUUUUCAGACAAUUCAAAACUCAGAACCAAACCUCCCCUCAACCCCCAAAACCACAAAAAGUCCUGUUCUGUCUCUUGAGAGCAUCCCGACAACAUCCAUAGCAGUCACCCUCUUCCUACGAGCAUGCUCAGUAUAAGUAACAGAAUCAUGAAUCACAUUCUCCAAGAAGAUCUGAGCACCCCCUAGUCUCCUCAUAGAUUAGCUCACUGAUACACUUCACUGCCCCUCUACAUGCCAAAUGCCUAAUGGCUGACUUUGUGAUUCAGUGAAUGUUAUCACAGAGGACCUUACAGUGAGUGUUAGGAAUGCGUUGGAAGUUAUUAAUUCAAGUAUUUAAUUAUUUAUUUAGUGGCUUUAUUUAUUAUUCUAGAAUAGGGUUUAUACUUCAUAGUUUUAUAAGGAUUAGGUUAAGUUAUAGUUAUUAGUUUGGAAUAGGAUUUAGGUCUCCUACUUUAAUAAGAAUUAGAAUUACUACUGAUGUAAUAAGACUCCUAUUUAAAGGGGCUUUGGAUGAAUAAAUCAGUAAGUCAUAAUUCAACAGAAAUUUAAGAGAUCAGAGUUCUCGCUUAUAAUGAAUUCUAAGGUUUCAGUCUCCCUUUAACGAGCUGAUUUAUAUAUUGCCCUGUGAAUGGAUCCUUCCCUAAAUAUUCAUAACAAUGAGCCUUGCUCCUCCCUUCCCACGACCUGACAUGUUCAGUCAACCUUUAGUUUCUCUGAAAUUGGAAGCUUCUGAAUUUUUAAGACUGUAAGGGAGACGAUGAUGAAGACAAAUUUCUUGUAACUUGUGUGAUGAAUUAGGAAAUUAUUUUGUAAAAUGAGUUGUGCUUGGACGGCACAUGCUUGGGAUAAUAAAACCUGGAAAGGAAGCAGUUUAUCUCUUCUUAAUGCAAGUGCAAGUACCUAGACAACCUCUUACAGUUGCCGUGGCCUUUUAUUUACACAUCUUAAUUGAAGCCGUUAUCCAUCAAACACCUAAUUUAUGUCUAAAAUGUGCCUAUUGAACACGUCAUGCCUAGUUAGUAAAAAUUAAAUGCAUGAGUUCACAAGUGAUGAUGUGGUAAAAUGGAAAGUCGAACAAAGUCAUGUAGAUUUUGAAUUCGACUAAUUGAAAAUGGAAAAAGAAACACUAUCUUUAGAAAAAAAAACCUCCCACCUUGUCAUCUUCCCAACCUCAUCCUUCACUUGUCUGAUUUCUCUCCAGUUCAUUCCUCCAUUUUCUUCCUUACCCAUGAAAAUCUCUCCAUAAAUUUGCUCUCGAAAUACCUCAAAAAAAAUAAUAAAUUAGAAAUACGUCACUCUAUUUUAAACAACACUAAUCAUGCCUAUAAAUAUCAAGUCAUCCCUACCUUACUCAGCUGCCCAACAGUACAACUAAACCUCAGUCCCAAGCAAGUUGCGGUCGGCUAUAGAAAUCCUCACUAACCAUAUUACUGCAGUUAAACCAUCUCAGACCAACAUUAUAUAAAGUAAUAAUAAUAAAAUAAAGCAAUAUAAAAAGUACUAGAAGUUCUCUAUCUUUGCUACUGUCAUAUAAAUUUCUGAAACGAUAAACAACUCCGAUUAAAGUAUAGGUCUUAGGACAUAAAGUAAAAGUGUUGGCAUGAUUGGAACAUAUUCUUAAUUAAUAAGUAUCUCCUACAUACAUCUUUUUCUUUCAUUGUGCCCUAUCUUUCACUAAACCUUGCAUGAACCUCACUAGAUAGUAAGUCUUUCAUACAACUUCCUUCCAAGCGAUUUAGGUACCUCUUCCCUUUUUAUUACUUUCUCUCACCACAUAUCUACAAACCGGUGGAUUUGAAGUUCGAUGCAAAACAUAAACAUGCCAUCUCAAGUGACCUCUUAUUUUUUCCUCGAUGUGUGCUACUUGAACCUUCUUGUGAAUGCAAUUGUUUCUAAUCUUGUCUAGUCUUGUGUGACUGCCCGUCCAUCUUAGGAUCUUCAUUUCCACGCCACUCAUCUUGAUGCUUUACUUUAGAAAUCCAACUAUAGAGUUGUCUUUUCUCAGGCAAAGUUAUAUAAACCACGUUUCAAGGCUACAAAAUCACCAAUUGUCAAUGGAUGCUUUGUUAGACUGAACUAAUGAGGUUCAUCAUCUUCUUUUUCUUCUACUUGUUCAUGGGUUGCUGUCCCCUUGGUUUCGGUAGAUUCAACUGUUGAUACAAUAGUGGGUGUCAGGGGUUUUGCUUGAAAUUGGAAGGCCGUCAAUCUGUGGGGUUGGAAUGGCGUAGUGAAUCACCAUUCACUACACUGGGUAUGUUGUUGUUGAAUGGUGUAGUGAAUCACAAUUUGCUACAACGAGGUAUGUUGUUAUUGUUGAAUGGUUUAGUGAAUUUGCACUGGGUAUGUUUUUGUUGUUGUUGAAUGGUGUAGUGAAUGGAUGAUGUGCUGUAGUAGUAAAAGCUGGGUGUUCUAUUUAUUAAUGGUGUUCUCUCCAUCGAUGAGUUUUGGUUUCUGAUGGUAUUACUCUUAUUGGAAACUGAAGGAUGCUAGUUGGUAUUUUUCGCUGGUGGGAUUCUAUUUAGGAGGGAGAGUUGAUGGCUGCGGUGGUUUUUGGUGAUUGGUAGUAUGUUCAAACUGAUGUGGGGAGGUGGUGGCAGCAUCAGAGAGGAGCUGGAGGAGAAAGAAGAAAGAAA